AAUUUUUAGUGGGUCAAUCUAAUCAACAAUAGAAAAUUGUUUUGAUUGCGGCUUAUUGUUGUUUCUCAGCUUUUUUUUGUGAAAAACAAUCAAUUUCUGUGCUAAACAAGAUGAACAGCGUUGUUCAUUGUCAACUAUGGAUGGGCAGUCUGGAGCCCUAUAUGACGGAGAAUUUUAUCAUGGCAGCUUUCCAGAAGAUGGGCGAGGAUCCGCAAACGGUUAAAUUGAUGCGGAAUAAGUACACCGGGGAGCCAGCUGGAUACUGCUUUGUGAAUUUCCUCAAUGACGAACAAGCCGUGGAUGCGAUGCAUAAAUUGAAUGGGAAACCCAUUCCGGGAACGAAUCCCGUCGUGAGAUUCCGCCUAAAUAGCGCGAGUAAUCAGAGUAAAGCCCUCCCGGGAGCUGAUAGGGAAUUUUCCGUGUGGGUGGGUGACCUGAGCUCCGACGUGGAUGACUACAAUCUCUAUCGGGCCUUCUCGAGCAAGUACACAUCCAUAAAGACGGCAAAAGUUAUUCUGGACAGUUCGGGGUUCUCCAAGGGGUAUGGCUUUGUGCGUUUUGGGCUUGAGGAGGAGCAGAAGAAUGCUCUGUACGAGAUGAAUGGGUACAUUGGGCUGGGGAGUCGACCACUGAAGAUCUGCAAUGCCGUGCCAAAGCCAAAGGGCGCCAGCAGCUCAACAUCUUCCACUCCGGCAACUCCAUCAGCCACAAGUAUCCUCCAGAGUGCCUACAGUGGGGCAGCAGACUACACGCAGUACUACGAUCCAUCGUACUGGCAGGGAUACGCAUGGCAGGGCUACUAUGAUCAGCAACAGGGAGCCGAUGCCACUGCCUACUACCAUCAAGCCAUGUCCCAUCACGCCGGCUCCGGACACACGACGUCCACGCAGAGUGAUUGGUCGUCGCAUCAUCACGCCUACGAGGCGCCCCAUGAGGAUGAAGACAUGUCACUGGUGGAGCACAAAUUCACUCUGGAUGCGGAUAAACUCAACCGGGAGACAGUUGAACGCGAUCGAAAUCUCUGGGAUGCCCUCGAGAGCUCCAAAUGGCUCCCAAUUGAACAGCUGGAAGUCUUCUAAAGAAGUCCUCUCAUAGAAAUUAAGAAGAAUACUUUAGAAAUAUAUAAUACAGAUGUGUGGCCAGAA